UUAUUCCAAUUUUGGAUAUAAAUUCAGAAACCGCCUUACUUAAAAUUUUUCUACUCAAUAAUUUGCGAGUUGGAAGAGUAAUUUUAGAGUUAAGAUAUUUAAAAGCAGCUAAUGAAUCUAA